AUGUCUGCACCCCAAGCUGGCAAGGAGGACUACGUUGACAAGGGUCUCGACUCUCUGGAGAAGAAGCAAGGCCAGGAUCCCAACAAGCUCCGCUCCGUCAACGAGAAGGUCACAGACAAGGCUCGCGGCAUGUUCGAGAAGGCCACUGGCAAGAACGUUCCCGAUAAGGUCUCCAACUAAGACGAUGUAUUGCGUGUUUCAACGCAAUUUCGCUGUCGCCUAGGAAGUGUGAUGGAAC